CCUCGUGCAUUCUUCUAUGCAAUUCACAAAGUCUGAUGCAUUCCGCUCUAAUGUCCUCGCCUUCUUUAACGAUAACUUCAUGUUCUCUUACCAAUUCCAUAUUUCGUUCGGUUAUCGUUCUUUCUUGCAUAAGUUUUUCUACAAGGCCCCUAUUUUGCGCAAUUCUUUGCUUCUGAUUCCUAAUCUCGCAGAGUUUAGUCAUCAUUCGUUUUUCGUAUUGAGACUGACAGGUGAUCACUUUCUGAGCGAUCUUUAAAUCGAAUUCCAUCUCUUGGUCUUCCACCAGCUUCUCCCAUAAUUUUUUGGUCCAUUCUUUUCCCAUUUGUUUUUGGCAAUUAACCGUAGCUGCCGUCUGCCGGGUUCUUUCCUUUAUUUUUUUAACGUACAUUUUAGCUGCCUCUUUGUCCACGAUUGGUGGUUUCAUUUCUUCGCCUAAUUUUUUCUCCCUGCAAAGCUCACUGUACGAAUAUUCAUCCGGAGUACGGACCUUGUGCUCGCGGCUGAACUCCCCUAAUUCUUGCAAGUCCUUUUUAGCUUGCGUAGCAAUAUCGUCAUCCUUUUUAGCCACCUGCUUUAUUUUCGCAGUCAUCUUACCCUUUGUACUCGAUUCCUUUUGCUUCGCCUCCCUUUUAUCUUGCUCCAAUACGGAUUGUUUUCUCGCAAUCUUACAACGUUCUAAUAAUGCUUGAAAUUUAUCUCGAUGCCAAGCGAUAAUGGUUUCAUUUCGGAUUAGCGGUUCGGCUAAUGGAUUUUUCGACGGCUGCGGAGUUUCCGGUAUCUCCGACACCGUACUCACGUCGAACUUGGAGGAAUUUGGAAUGUAUUUUUCUCUUUCUUUUUGUUGAGUUAUAAAGUGGAGCUUAUCCUUGCCCUCUAAGCUCACGAAUAUCUUGUAGAAAAGGCGCGCUGCUGUGGUGCCCCGACCAUUUGAAAUAUCUUCUAUAGUUUCAUCUGCACAGUCCACUCCGAUGAAUUUCAACCAAACCCGUAGAUGUUUCAAAUUUACCCUAGCCAAGGCGGGAUCUUCGGUGCCGAAUAUCGUUUUUAGUUGGGCGUUGUCGAUUAUGUCGUAACUGUGUAAAAGUUGAGCUAAAAGAGUACCGUCUCUCGUAAUCCUACCGAAAACAUUCGGGCUCAGAUCAACGAUUAUUCCCAAUCUGUCUCGAAACCAGUCCCUCAAGACUUCACCCAUUUUUAAUAUUGCAGGAUAGAAUCAGAAACGCUCCAGCUCACUUUCAAGACUGCAAGAAAUUUUGUUACUUUCAUCUACAACAGACAGGGAAAUUAUAAUUUCUGAACAACGGGAUAAGCGCCGUGGAUGCGUCAAUUUGAAAAAUUGUAUUCUUUCAUUUUUACCUUAUUGGCGAGCUUAUUAGCAAUAUUCAAACGAUUCAAGCAGCGCGAAUUGUUUUCGCGCCGUUUCAUCGUAUGAAAAAAUUUUCAGUGCGCAAUGACAUCGCCAAUGGCAAUGAUUGCCGCCGAUUUUACGUUGGUAGUACUUGGUAUACCGACUCCAUUUUAUUGAAAGGAUCAACUAACAACUGCAAAGUGCAAACGCCGGUGAAAAUUGUGGCUCCUGCCUUCAAGGAAGGCGCAGAUUAAUUAAAAUUAUUUAAAUAUCUGCGACUUCAUCAUGGAAACGAUGCAAGAAAAUCCACACAACGUGCUAAACGAUAUAUUAACCGAAGAAGAGCUAACGCAGAUUCCGGAGGGAGUGAGCAAAAAGUUGAAAUCAUAUUUCGAUGAACGGUUUGAAGAAUUUCUUACGGCAAAAGCUGUCUGUGAAACAGCUAAGCAAAAUUUGGAGCAAAGAUUGGAGACGCUUCAAAAAGAAAAUGAAGAGUAUAAAUUGGAUUUGGAUGAAUGUAGAGGAAAAUUGGAACUAGCUAAUAAAUACACAAACGAACUUCAAAGCAAAGUCGAAGAGUCUAGAUCGGAGGCAGCAAAAGCACAAGAAUUGCUCAGAAGGUAUGAAAAAGAAAAUGCAGAAUUCAGACACCAACGAGAUAUCGCCACAGAUGAAAGAGAUGCCUUACAGCUGCAGGUCGAACGUCGGGAUGCAGAGCUUGAACGUGCGCACACUGAACUUACAACACUUAGCGCUCAAUUACAGGCUGCAGUCACAGCCAAAUGUCAAGCUCUCGCAGACACUGAAGAAAUCCGCAGCCGUGAAAUGACCCUAGAUUACAAAGAAAAGCGUCUAGAGAAAGAACAAGUGCUCUUAUCUCAACAGUUAGCUAACUUGGAAGCAGAACUAGCAAAACGUAUCAGCGAAUUGCAGAAUUUGCGUGCUGAGUCAUCAUCAAAAUCAUUACUAAUAGAAACUCAACUCGUCCAACGUAACGAAGAACUACGAAUAGCUAAUGAUGAGAUUACAAAGUUACAAGAGAGUAAGGCCCUGAUCAGCAAACGCUGUGAAGAAAUUGCACAAAAAUUAGAAGAUCAACGUAAUCAUGAACUUUCAAUGCACGCUUCGUAUCAAGAGGAAGUUAAUGCCCAAACAAGACUAGCCGAAAUUUAUAAAAGGAUGGCAGAUGAGGUGAACGCAAAGGCUGAAGAAUUUAGCUCUGCUGUUAAAGAGCUACAAUCACUCUUGGAACAAGCUACUGAGCAGUAUGGCUUACUUGAAACCCAACACAAUGAUCUACAAGUACGACUUGAAGAAGAAGUUUCUCAAAAGUCACAGAUAAUCGAAGAGCUUACCAAAGAACUGGAUCGUGCAAAUGAUUUAUUGAAGGAAGCAAAACAAGAAAGAUUAGACAACGCCGUUGAACAACUAGCUCCAACAGCAGCAGUAGCCAGUCGAUUACUCAGGAAAGAUUUGAGUUUGACACAAAUAUAUACCCAAUUGGUCGACGCCACCAAUGAGUUGUCAAUUGAAAAAGAAGAGAACGAACGGUUAAAAUCACAGAUGAAUGUAAUUUUACGUGAACUCGAAGACAAGGCACCCUUACUUCAGCAACAACGUGAGGAUUACGAGGCUGCAGUAGCCAAUGUAACUACGCUUACCACACGCCUGGACGACCUUGUGACUGAAAACCAUCGUCUACGCGAAGCUACAGAUGAGGCAUCCUGUAUCGCUAAUCAUCAUACCCGUGAGAACAAGCGGCUAAGAACAGAAAUGGCAGAUCUUGGUAGACAGGUGUGUUUCCUACUAAAAGAAGUUCAAGAAAGUCGUAGCGGCUCAACAACCCUCACAUCGUCGAUGAUGGAAUCCGAUGAUCUUGCUUCUUCACAAAUAAUCAGCAAAAAAUUGGUAACCUUCAGGGACAUCGAAGAACUGCAAGAGAAUAAUCAAAGACUCUUGUCCAUCGUCAGAACAUUGUCAGCAAAACAAGAAGAGAUUGAAAAAGCAACCGACGAAAUAAAUUCUGGGGAAAUGAAGGAGAAACUUGGCCGGUAUAUCGAGCAACUAGCUGACAUGCAGGCUGCCCAGGACCGACAGUCGAAGAUGCUCGAAGAUCUAUUGCGUCAGAGGGAUAUGUACAAGAACAUGUAUCAGCAGUGCUUCAAUCAAUCAAGCAAUAACCGCCAGGAACCUGUAACCGAUGAGGAGAAGGUGGAGAUGGAGGAAGAUCAGAAGGAAAAUGAAGGGGAAAAAGAAAAGAAAGAGAGAGAAGAAACAGAGAAAAAAAUCAGUGAACUGGAAACUAAAUUGAAGCAAUUACGAGACGAGUAUGAUACCUACAGGAAAGAAAGAAGUGCGCAUGAACGUAUGUUGACAGAAGAAGUUGAGAGGUUGAGAAAGGAAGCAGGGGCUAGUUCUUCGCGGUGUUGUCGUCUUAAGGCUCAACUAGAUUCCGCUAAUGAGCGAUUCCAUCUUCUCCAGGCUAACGUAAGCUCAUACAAAACACAGAUCAAGGUUCUGGAGGAAAAAUGUAGCAACUAUAAUACUACUAUUGGAAAGCACGAGCAAAGUAUCAUGAUGUUGAAAGACGAAACUCUGGAUGCGCAGGCUCGGCUGUCUCGAGCUGAAGUUCAACUGGAAAAUCUGAGACAAGAAAGGCAAUUGCUGCGAGACUCGGAGGGACGAUUGCUCAAGGAGCGAGAAGUUUUGCACAGAGAAAGACAAACGCAGGCUUUAUUACGAGCGGAUGUGGAAGCGAUUAAAGCUAGCUUAGAACGUUCUCAAGCCGAGGGACAAUUGAGAGCUGAACAGCGUCUGGACGACGCUACAAGUGAGUGCGCGGCCUUACGAAGACGUCUUCAAGAGGAGCAGGACCGCUUCCGCGAGCUAGCCAGUCAUUUAGAACGUCAAGCAACCACUGCACAGCAACGUCUUACGGAAGAACGUGAACUUCUUGAGAAGACGAAAGCGGAACUUGAAGCAGCUCGGCAAGUCCAUAUCGAAGAUGUUCGGCGACUCGAAGAAUACAGUGCCAAACUCAGACAGGCCGACGCUAAUUCAAUCGCCAAACCCAUGACUGGAGAUGAAAGUACACUGAAACGCCUCAAAGAGCUCGAGGUACAAGUUUCGAGUAGUCAAGGGGAAGUUAGGUCGCUUACGGAGCAAUUAAAAGCAGCUCGUCUGCAUGGUCAGCAAUAUUGUAACAUAGCGGAAAGCUCUGAGACACAGCUCCGAGAGUUGAUGAUUGAACACACGAAAUACAAGGAAGAUUUUGAACAACAAUUGAAAAAUGCACAGGUGGCCAUAUCGGCGAUCAAAAAACAAAAUCAAGACUUACAGGAGGAGGUUGCUAGAGUAAAGUCUGGUCGUCAGGAGACCGACUCGGAACUGAGAGAAAAAUUAAAUGUUGCCGAACGGCAAUUAGAAGAAUUCGAAGAACUUAGAAAAGAGGUUGAAACAACUAAAAGCCAGCUUACGGUUGCAUCAAAUGCUCUUAAAGAAACUGAAGAAAAAUAUGCCAGAGAAAUGCUUCUUCAUUCCACCGACUUACAGGCUCUUGCGCGACUGAAAGAAGAAUCAGGGUCCGGUGCCGAGAAAAUUGCGAAUCUGAGUCGAGAACGCGACAACGCAAUUGAUACACUACAAAUUGAGAAGUCUGCUUGGCAAGAAAGGGAAAAACGAUUAAACGACGAAGUUCACGAGUUGCAAGUCCGAAUGAAAGAUUUGGAUUCACAAAAUGCAUUGCUACACGAUCAGAUACAAGAAUUAAGUGAUCGUUCGGCUAUCAUGCAGAGUCAACAAUCGAACACCAGCGGUCACAUAAGUCCAGAUACCAGUUUAGAAACAAUGAACCGCAGCUUCAGCGGUCAAGAAGAUGAUUCUAAAUCGGCCGAACAACUGUUGAGAGUGAUGAAGUAUCUUAGAAGGGAAAAGGAUUUGGCCGUGGCUAAGUUCGAUGUUCUGAGGGCUGAGAAUUUGAGACUCAAAUCACAGGCUGAGGUUUUGGAGAAACGUCUGAAAGAAGCAGAGGCAUUACUUAGCUCACAGCGUGAAGAAUCGGAAAUAGAUAUUGUAACGACUUCGAAACAUUCCGAACUACUACGCAAAGUCGAAACAUUGAACGCCAUCACGGAUUCUAAUAGAAUUCUUAGAGAAGAACGAGAUACUUUACUCGUUAAGGUGAACGAGCUUACAACGACAGUUACAGCACUUUCGGACGAAGUAGUGCCGCUCCGUGAAAAAGUCCGCGAAUUAUCAGCAAAAACUGAGGCUUUGGUACAGGAAAAUAGCGGCCUCAAGGGAGAAGCUACGCGGUGGCGUCAACGAGCAAAUGCAUUGGUCGAAAGAGCUAAUAAGGCGAGCCCUGAGGAUUGGCGACGUUUACAAACUGAGAGAGAAAAUUUGAGCAAACUACUAACCUCUGAGCGAGAGACGCACGCCAAGAGGGCCGAAGAAUUCAACGCGUUGAAACUAGAAAAGUCCAAACUUGAAGAGCAGCUAAUACAACAACAAAAACAGCUUCAAUCUCAGAGCGAGCAAUUGUCCAAAACUUUGGAAGAAAGCCGUAAGCUUAACCAAGACCUAAGUGAAUCAAUGGUUACUUCCGCUGCAAAAUUGAAGGAAGUUACAGUAUUGCGAAAGGAACUCACUGACAAGGAGGCUGUACUAAAUGAUAUCAAGAAUAAAGAACUCAAGAUCCGUACCAUCGCUAAGAAAUAUAAAACGCAAUUUGAAGAACUCACAAAGACUUUGGAGGAAGAGAAAUCGAAACAGGACGAAUCACGCACCGCUGGAACGUCCGGUGCAUCAGAGGAAGUAAUACAGGGCCGUGAGAAUCAACUGAGGGAAGAGGGUCGGCAAGAACUACGUCAGGCAAAUGUAGAGUUGACUUCGAGAGUCGAGGAAUUAUCCCGUCAAUUAACGGCUCUGCAGAGUGAGACGGAAGUUCUGAAGAAGGAGGCAGAAGCGUCGAAGAAGGUCACCGUAGAAAAACAAGAGCAUGCAAAACUGCUGCUGAAGGGUGCUCGAACCAAAAUAAUGCAAUUAACCGAAUCGAAAAAGGUUUGCGAACAGGAGUUGACCGAGCUAAAGACGAGGCUUGAGUCGAAUUCCGGAGAUCCUGAUGGUUCUGAACAUGACGCGAGAUUAGCUGCUAUAAAAUCUCAGAUGGAAGGAAGGAUUUCACGUCUAGAGCAUGAAAAAACUGAAAUUCUCGCCGAAAAAGAGGCUCUGCUCCAACGAGUCACUCAAUUACAAAGACAGUUGUCGUCUGGCGCUGGGGGUGUGAGUGUUACAACGGAGCCACCAACCGCUAACAUUAAACCGAUGUCAGCACGUUCGGAAACUCCACUUGCUAGCAUUCGUCCUAUGAGCGUAGUUGUGCAGUCCAGAACCGCUGCUGUCUUACCUACAACUGCGGCAGCUCCAGUUUUAGUAGCACCUCAACAACAACAGCAACAAGCAGUUCACACAACAGAGACUAGCUCGCCGACUAGCAGCCACACGGACUACCAACCGGCCAGUACGAGUAGUUCGUCACAGACCACUGCUAGUAAUUUGAGACAACUCGCCGUUCAGCCACAACUCAGCGAAUCUGCUGAAUCUACUCAGCGAGAAGAGCCGGAAAGUGCGGAAACUUUAAGCAUCCAACAACAACAGUGUCAACAACCCAAUCAACAGCAACAGCAGACGGUGGCCUUAGUCAGUCCAAGGGUAGAACAACAACCGCAACAACAACAACAGUUGCAACAACAAGUUGUAGUCAGUGUGAGCGAUCAACAACAGACGGUAGCUAGUAGCUCCACACAGUCGGUGAGCACAUCGCAAGGCACCGGCGGUCACAAGCGUCCGAGGAGUAUAGAUACCUCAGCAUCCGGAUCAGGCGUAGUCGAAGGAGGCCCCGAUGCUACCAGACAGGAGCAAAAUCCUAGUCCAAAAACUAAGAGAAGUCGGCAGCAGGAAGUUGCACCCACUCCCACAGCCAGUGCGGACGUUGAAUACCAGGUACCAACAUCGAGUCAACGGGACCAGGAUGAGGAAGUAGAAGAAGGCUGUGUGGUAGUAGUGGAUUGCGACGAAGGUGAGGGUGGUGGAACCCAGGCACAAGAAGAGGAAGAAUUUGACAAUGAGACUUACGAAGAAAUGGAAGAGGAAGAAGAGUCGCCCUACGGAGUGGAGGCUGAAGGAGAGGUGGAUAAUAACGAAGUUGAAAUAAUAAUGGAGGACGAUUCCACCGGUGUCGAGGUCCCUCGACAAGUUCAACCCACGACCGCGAUCAAUCAACAACAUCAGCAGCAGUCAGAAGCCAUCAGUAGUGCCGGUCCCACCGGAGAACCAACUUUGUCGUUUGGACAACGGUCUUCGCGCGGUAUCGCUCCCAUGCCUAGACAGCAGCAGCAACAACAUUUACUCUUGCCUCAGCAGGGUUAUGAGGAUGGCGGAGAUGAUAGCAUUGUACCAAGUACCCCAACGCUAUUCGUACCUCGUCGCGAUGGUUUUGGAGAAGCCGUCAGUUCCCCUCAAGUACCCCAAGGACGUUUUACUUUUGGAGAACCUUCUCCAACCGUCACUGCAACAGCAACACCAACAAUGGCUACUCCUACCGGACCAACGAGAGCUAUUUUUGGCUCUUCGGGAUCCGGCGUUGCUCAGGUAGUCCAAGAAGGAAUGGACGACACCAGGAUGGAUUUGACGCAGCUGGAAGAUGCUGGAACUGGGAGGAGCGUACCCACAACUCCACUUCAAGUUUCACCAGCUGCUGCCGAUAUACCGCCUUCGACAAGCAGUGGUCAAUCCGAAGAACAAGAGACCCCUGGAUCGGGAACAGUUUCAACAGCAGGAGCAGCUACAAGUGACGGAAAUGACGAAGCGGUCAUUCCUAGCAUUCGAGUAGUCACGGUAGAAGAGCAGGAAGCUGCGCAAGUAGAAGUCACCACCGAAGCCCUCGAAUUGACACCUGCUGAUGGGGGCAAUGCAGAAGGUGAAAAACAAGACGAUGCAGGACCUAGCACCGGGGACGAUGAUAUUGUAGAAGUGGAAGUUGAAGCUGAAGCAGGAAGUGCUGAAAUUGGUACAGAUGAGGUGGAAGAUGAAGGUCGGGAGGCAGAGGCCUCUCCGUCUAGCAACACACGUUCCCAAAAAGCACUGGCUGCUGCAGCCAGCACCCGAGGCGUUACGGCACGCCGUUCCACUAGAUCGCCGUUCCGAACGGCACGGGGUACGCGGCCAACGCCUAUCAUUUGGGAAAAUCAAUCUGGUCGAGGUCUGUGGCAUAAUCCAACGCGAGGUGGUCUGCAGACCAGAGGUGGCAUCGGCGAAAACAGAGCAAGAGGUUCCAGAGGACGACGUAUGCGAAAACCUUUUCCUUACGCGAGAUUUUAAUAUUUAACGCCAUCACUUUCAGUGGUCAUCUUUUCACCUGUCCAUUACCAUUAAAUCUUAUUCGUCAUUUCGUGUAAUUCAAUUUGAUGUACGGAAAGACCUCGGAAGCACACAAGGAUCUCGGUAAGUUACAAAACUUAACCGAGAGAAUCGAUUUUUUGAAGAAUUAAGAAGCUCUGGAGCUUGAACUUUUUAUGCUGCAUUUCGUACUCUCUAUUCAACGAUGUAAGAUCGCUGCCACAUAUUUUUCUGAUCAUAAAUAACGAUACUCGAAAAAAUAAUCCAUCGUAGCAUAGGGGCUGAACUCUGAAAGUUGUUCUUAGGAUUUAAAAAGUUAUUUAUCUUCACAUACGCCAAGUACACAUGUCAGAAAAUACUCUUUAAAUUAAACCAGCACAGAAACGUAUAUCAGAAAAAAAUAUGGCAUAGUUACAUUUGUGAAUUAAUUGAUGAAAGAGUAACUUCAGUUGCCUGAGUGAAGUGGCCUAAAGGGUAAUAAAUCCUAUUCAAAAAACAAGCGAAUUGCUAGUUUUGAGAUAAAUGAAAUACAUUUCAGUUAAACAUUGCACUAGGAAAGUAACACGAGAAAGCAAACCUCUUUAGUUCCAGUUACUAUUGAAUAUUUUGUAAAGUUAGGCUUGCGGUUCCGUACAAAUACAAAAUCGUAAUGUAUAUACACUUUCGUCGUUAGUUCUCCGUUAUAAUUAGGUCCCAGGAACUUUAAUUUUUUCUUGGAGGGUAUUAAAAGUCAUUCAGAUUUUCAGUUUCAUGAACUACAUUCCGUACAAAUGAUCAUACAAUCGGCCGCUAUUUGCCGCCAUUAAAUAUCUGUUAUGAAACUGGCUUCGUAGACAAAUGAUGGAUUUGAUAUAACUUUUUAGUCAGUCUGAUUUGUAGCUCUUUUUUAUUCACUACAAAUGUCAUCUCAUGAAAUCAUAUAUCUAAUGCGCGACAUAGCAGAGCAAAGACUCAACUGUUAAUCGUUGUCGUUAUAACUGAAAGAAUUAUUUGCUUUUUUUUUUGUCUAAACAUUAACAGUGAUAAAAAAGUUGAAAAUACGAUUCAUCGUCUCACGUUCAUAAAUUGGGAUAUAUAUGUAUUAUUGUAUUUAGGUAUAUUACUUUAGAUGUGUGCAUUUUUUGGAUAAAUAAAUUGUACGAAAUAAGUAAACUA